UCCAGACCGUACUUCAAGAUCAAACAGGUGUCACUGCCAGAUGUCGAUUAAGGAACUAAACGAAAAGAUUGCUAGUUUAGAUCAAAGAAUCGAGCAGCUUGAAAAUGAAGGAAGGAAAGACAAAGAAAGCAUACGCCAAUUUAUAGAGCAUAGAGUCAGUUUUGUUGAAAAGGUACAAAGUCAAUUCCAACUUCAAUUCGAGUCUCUUAGAGAAGAGAUGAACAUAAAAACGAAAAACCUAACAGACGACUUGGAGACACACAAACGUGAAGUGGCAGCAUACAAGGCAAAAACUGAUGAUUUAGAAAAAUCAAGAAAUGUAAUCUACAUCGGUCAACUUUUCGCGAAGUGCAUGGUAGACAUUUACAGAGAGAUUCUUCCAGCAUACUUUCUUGACAAAGAUGGAGAACCAAAGAAAGAUUACCAAGUUCCACAUCUUAAUAAAAUUGAAAAGAACAUCGAAAACUUGUAUCAAACCAAAGAGGAACAAGACGAAAGAAAAGCAACAUGGACAAAAAAGAAAGAAGAGAUUGGUUCUGAUUAUUUUGAGUUAAUGGCAGAAGUUAAUCCUUCUCAGUUGGAAGAGAUAUGCCGGGAGAUCCUGCCAGAACUAUUUCUUGGAAAAGAUGGAAAACCCGAGAAAGAGUUCAAACAGAUUUUUCUAAAGAACAUUGAAAAAAAAAUCGAAUUGACAUAUAAAUCUAAAAAGAAACAAGACGAGAAAAAAGAAAUUUUGAGAACAAAGAAAGAAGAGAUUGGUUCGGACUUUGUUGAUUUUAUGGAAAAGACGAUGAGGGAGAGAAAUCAUGAGGCCCACCCUAAUCUACUGAAAGAAGAAGACCUGCAAAAAAUUGCCGAAACAAUGUCAGCCAAGGAGAGGUCAUUUUUAGAGCUUGCAAUGAAACUAGUACCAGCAGAAUAUUUAGGAAAAUGUAAAUAUUUUUUCGUCGGUACAUUAUAACACUUACUGAAUGAUAAUGCAGAAGAAGUACGGCAAAAGUGCCACUCGAAUUUCACUAAUAAUCACUAGGGUCGCGGUUUUAUUAUGGUCGACGGAAUAGACUGGAGCACUUAAGAAAGUGUUUCCUUAUUUACUGAAAAAUCGCUGGCGAUCUAAAGCUACUUUUACACUUGCAAUUUUUGCAGCGCGAUAAUCGCCACUUAAUCGCAACUAAAAUCGUACGUGUAAACUUCUCUGCGAUUGUUGCGGCGAUCGAUCGAAAAUCGCUCUUACAUCGUAAUUAUCAUAUAGAAACCAGCAGGCUUUUGCACACCUUAAAAAAAGGUGCAAAUGCAUUUUCAUGCAAUGAAAAUAAAUUGAGACUUUGAAUACCUUACUAUUCUCAUAAAUUCAUAGUUAACAAUUUGUGUUUUUUUUUUAAUUUAAAGUAUAAUUUGGCAUUAAAUGUUGGCCUUUAAAAGCUCCUGAAAGCUUGGCUAUAAAAAGAAAUUUGAACAAAAUCAGUCAAGAUAGACUUUUGGUAGUUAGAAUUGUCUCUCUGACGAAUGUCCUGGAAAAAGAACUUUGGACUGAAAGCUUAGUUCAUAGCAAAAGAAGUGAUAUUUUUGUGGCUUCAAAACCAUAAUUAAUUUUAAUUUAUAGUUUUUUUCAUUUUUUAGAUAAAUUAAAGACAAUUCUUAUAGCAUACUAUUAGCAUACACAAAGCAUUGAACCGAGGCGUCAAGGUACACUGAGCGCAGUACCUUGUACCUUGACGCCUCGUUUCAAUGGUUUGUUCAUGGUCACUGAACCAGUGUAUGGAAUAUUGUGAAUUGUUGUAUUUGAGUUCUCAAGGACGUGUCUUUAUUUAGAUUUUUCUCCGACCCAUGAGAAAAACACCUUGAUCCGGUGUUACUAGCGAGAGAUCUGCGGGAAACCAAAAUAAAAAAGAGAGUUUUAGGCACGCGUUUGAAGACAAAGCAUAAAAGCCAAUUUGACGUUUUGUGUUUGAAAUAAACGUGAAUCUAAAACUCUAAUAAUAAAUAAACAUGGCGAAUGUUUGUGAAAGCGAUUUUUCUCUUCUAAUCUUUCUGAAGCAAGCGAUAGCGAAGAGGCUAUUACUAAAGAGACGACUGAGGAAAAUCUUAAAGUAGACACGUCUAUGAAAACGUGUGUAUAAUGGACGCUCCUAGUUAUUUGUGCUAAUGACACAGUGUGCAAUGAAACUACUUGUAUUGUUACUGACAACGGUACAACGUUAUUGUUACUGAUAAAGUUAUUGUUACUGGCAAUGUUAUUGUUUCUGAUACCGUUCCUUCAAGAUUGAAACUAAAGUAAAGGCGAGGUCAAAGUGGUGUAGUUA